AUGAUUACCCAUAGUAGCCAAAAUUCAGCAAGUUUGCCCAACCCACAAUCAGGACUAUCAGGAAAUAGUGCACAUGGACAUCAUAGGCAACCGAGUAGUGAAAAUGGGCAGAAGUGGGUCAGGGAAUUGCGGACACUCCCCUCAGAUCCUAAUUCGAAAGAUUUCCUCAAGUUGGAAUAUCUUGAAGUUAACUUGAACAACUCCAGAAAGCUCAUUUCAAAUGUGGUAAAGUUGAAAGACGAGAGUGAUAAAUAUGUUGAAAAAUUGGAUACCCAUGUUAAUGGGUGUUCGUUGCAGUUGCACCGAGCGGCAAAGGAGUUGGAUUGGUUGCAGUUAAAGCAAGAUAGUCAAAAUUCCCCACAUUCAUCUCACAAUAAUCCAUCCUAA